AUGCCAUUCGUCCCCGCUGCCCUACCCCGCUGCACUUUUUAUCUCCAAGUGCAUGCGGGCACUCUCCGAAAUCUUCCUUUCCUAUCUCGUUCUUUUUUCCAUAAGUAUUCCUCUGCCCAAGGAGUCAGAGGGCUUCGUUCAUCGUCCAUCGAAUCUCCAGUGAAAGUCAAUUUUUCUCCCAUUAGCCCCGCUAUCUCACCUUUCCGAACGUUUUCCGGGUCAGCAAUGGCUGCCGCCAAGAUUGAUGGCACUGCCAUCGCGAAGAGCAUUCGCCAGGGGUUGAAGUCCGAGAUUGAGCAGAUUCAAGUGACCAACCCUAGAUUCAAGCCGAACCUGGUCAUCUUCCAGGUCGGAAACCGAUCGGAUUCCAGUUCGUACUUAUGUGCGCAUGAAGCUGAAGGCCGCUCAAGAGGUAUGGGUUACUGUUUAUUACUAUGUGGGAUAUUCGGGGCAUCCUCUGACCUUGUUCACCAGGCCAACAUCAUCUGCACCCUGAUCAACGUGCCCGAAUCGAGCACCGAGCUGGAGCUCAUCCAAGAGAUCACUAAAGCCAACAAUGACCCCGCUAUCCACGGCAUCCUCGUUCAAUUGCCCCUCCCAAGUCACAUGUCCGAGCAUGCAAUCACGUCGACUGUCGCAGAUGAAAAGGAUGUUGAUGGUUUCGGCGCAAUCAAUAUCGGCGAGUUGGCUAAGCGAGGCGGUCGCCCGUUGUUCACUCCGUGCACCCCUUUGGCGGUUAUGGAACUACUCAAGGCAAGCGGCGUGAACCCCGCCGGCAAGGAGGCAGUGGUUCUGGGACGCAGUGACAUUGUUGGCAGCCCGGUUAGCUAUCUGCUUAAGAACGCCGAUGCUACUGUUACUGUCUGCCACUCAAAGACACCGGAUAUUGCCCGCAUUGUGAAGAAUGCUGACAUUGUUGUGGCGGCCAUUGGCCAGACUGAGCUUGUGAAGGGUGACUGGUUGAAGCCUGGCGCUGUGGUUAUUGAUGUUGGUAUCAACUAUAAGCCUGAUGCCACCAAGAAGUCCGGUGAGCGACUGGUCGGCGAUGUGGACUUUGAGUCUGCUUCCCAGGUAGCCUCACAGAUCACUCCCGUCCCCGGUGGUGUAGGCCCCAUGACAGUGGCAAUGUUGUUGAAGAACGUGGUUCAUUCCGCCAAGGGCUACUUUGAGAAACAGAAGGACCGUCACGUUACUCCUCUUCCCCUUCGCCUACAAACCCCUGUGCCUUCCGACAUUGCUAUCUCGCGGGCCCAGUACCCCAAGCCCAUCACCCAGGUUGCCACCGAGGUCGGAAUUGCCCCUCAUGAGUUGGAGCCCUACGGCCACACCAAGGCUAAGAUCAGCCUCAGUGUGCUUGACCGCCUCGCCCACCGCCGCAACGGAAGAUACAUCUUGGUCUGCGGUAUCACACCCACUCCUCUUGGUGAGGGCAAGUCCACCACCACAUUAGGUCUCACCCAGGCGCUUGGUGCCCACCUGAACCGCAUUUCCUUUGCCAACGUCCGACAGCCCAGCCAAGGCCCUACAUUUGGUAUCAAGGGUGGCGCCGCUGGUGGAGGCUACAGUCAGGUCAUUCCUAUGGACGAGUUCAAUCUCCACCUGACGGGCGACAUCCACGCCAUCACCGCCGCGAACAACCUUCUCGCCGCGGCUAUUGAGACUCGCAUGUUCCAUGAGUCCACCCAGAAAGACGCAGCUCUCUACAAGCGCCUUGUCCCUGCCAGCAAGGGCACACGUGAAUUCAAGCCCAUUAUGUUCCGACGUCUGAAGAAGCUGGGCAUUGAGAAGACUAACCCAGACGAUCUCACUGAGGAGGAAAUUACUCGCUUUGCCCGCCUAGAUAUCGACCCAGAGACCAUCACUUGGCGUCGCGUUCUCGAUGUCAAUGACCGUCACUUGCGUGGUGUCACUGUCGGCCAGGCUGAUACUGAGAAGGGCCUGUCCCGCGAGACUGGCUUCGACAUUUCCGUCGCUAGCGAGUGCAUGGCUAUUCUUGCCUUAAGUAACGACUUGGAGGAUAUGCGUGAGCGACUGGGUCGUAUGGUGGUUGCCACUUCUAGAAACGGCGACCCCGUGACUUGCGAUGACAUUGGUGCUGGUGGUGCCCUCGCCGCUUUGAUGAAGGAUGCCAUUAAGCCAAACAUGAUGCAGAGUUUGGAAGGUACUCCUGUUAUGGUGCACGCUGGUCCCUUUGCCAACAUCAGUAUUGGCGCCAGCUCUGCCAUCGCAGAUAAGCUUGCCCUGAAGCUUGCCGGUACUGAGCCUGAUGAGGAUCAUGAAGCCAAGACCGGUUUCGUGGUCACCGAGGCUGGCUUUGACUUCACAAUGGGUGGUGAGCGCUUCUUUAACAUCAAGUGCCGCUCCUCUGGUCUGGUUCCGGACGCUGUCGUCAUUGUGGCUACUGUCCGUGCGCUGAAGGUUCACGGCGGUGGCCCCGAGAUCAAGCCCGGUGCCCCUCUGCAGGAGGUCUACCGCACCGAGAAUGUGGAUGUUCUCCGCCAGGGUUGUGUUAACCUGCGGAAGCACAUUGUCAACGCCAAGCAGUACGGCGUCCCGGUGGUGGUCGCGAUCAAUAAGUUCGAGACUGACACCGACGCUGAAAUUGCUGUCAUCAAGGAGGAGGCGAUCGCUGCUGGUGCCGAGGAUGCCGUCCCUGCCAACCAUUGGGCUGAGGGUGGAGCCGGCGCCGUUGAUCUGGCCAAGGCUGUCAUGACCGCUAGCUCUAAGGAGAAGAACUUCCAGCUCCUCUACGGACUGGAUGGUACUAUCCAGGAGCGCAUUGAGCGUAUCGGCCAGGCCAUGUAUGGCGCUGAGAAGGUCGAGUUCAGUGAAUUGGCCCAGAAGAAGGUCGACACCUACACCAAGCAAGGGUUCUCUAACUUGCCGAUCUGUAUCGCCAAGACUCAGUACUCACUCAGUCACGACCCAGCCCUCAAGGGCGCCCCCACUGGCUUCACUGUGCCCAUUCGGGAUGUUAGAUUGGCUGUGGGUGCUGGAUACCUCUACGCCCUGGCUGCCGAUAUCCAGACCAUUCCCGGACUACCCACUGCCCCCGGCUACCUUAACGUCGACAUCGACACCGAGACUGGCGAUAUCGACGGGCUGUUCUAG